UACAACGGAGAAAUACUGUAGAAUAGCGGACCCACGAAUUAUGCUUCAAUACUGCGCCUGACACUUACCACUUCCACAGAUUUUGUUUAUCCAGUCUAAGUUUAAAAAAUUUCAGCGAUUUCUAAAAACUUUACAAAAUUAAUCUUCGUUCUGUGCGUAUCAUAUUAUUAAAGUAUUCUGCAUAUUGCGUUGCCUCACUUAUAUAAAGUCUCAGCAAUCAAGACCAAAAAUGUUGAAAAAAGGUCUUAAAAAUCAGCGAUUUUUUUUCAUGUACGUUUCCCUUAAAGAUUUAUGGUCAUUGCUGUUAUACGACUAAGGACUGGAUGAACGCAGUCAGGAUCGUUUGUUUUAAGGUUUACUUUCACUUUCGACAGCAAACGUCGGCGUACGUAUCCGCCUGACUUCUGGGACAUUCCAUGGCAUCACAACAGGCCACAGAAGGUACAGGUCAAGACCAAAAAGAGCAAAGAGACAAUUUGCACUGGAAGAAAUUUCUGCCAGAGGCCGAUUUUUACCAGGAGUUUAAAAAUACCCAGUUGUCUCAUAAAACUGUGCUGUGCUUCGGGUUGAAUAGAGCUGGCAAUGAGCUCUGGGACUACUGGGGAUACACCUUCAACAUUCCUGGAGGUGACCAUGCAGAGAAGCAGGUGGUGCAGGCCCUCUCGGACCUCCUCACGCCGCAUCGGCUCUGCUUGGCUCUGAGGUACCGGCUGACCUUGUACCUCUCCUAUAGCCCCUGUGAGGACUGCUGCUGUGAACUGCUUGCAUUCGUGAAGUCUCUGAAGGUGGUUGAGGUGGAUGUGAUGGUGUCCAGGCUGUACUGCACUGAGGAACACCCCGUGAGGAAUAGGCUCCAGCAGCUCAUGGCGUCAGGAAUCAGGUUGACUGUGAUGGGCAGGAAGGACUUCGAGCGAUGCCUCUACCUGUUUGUGAAUUCUAACUCCAACUUUAAGCCAUGGCCAGAGCUGGAUGCAAUGAGCAGGAGAUAUUCUGUGGACCUGCACACUAUUCUGCACGAGUGUGAAUGUGAUUGGCAUCUGAAGCCAGAAAAUUUAGAUUAUGCUGCUUUGGAGAGAAGCCCCUCUCAGUCAACGGCGGCUGUCUGCAAUGGGCAGGGUCUUCGAUGGCCCAACACUCCACAGAAACAGAGUGGGGUGUCGGAGAGCGAGAGGGACCCAAAGGGACAGCCUGUAAAAAGAACGCUUUUUAAAAGAUAAGUAGAUUAGGACAGCCCCUCCAUAAAUCACGACCUUCUCAUGGUGGAGGGGUUUGUGUGCCUUUGUGAUCCUAGGAGCUAUGCUGUUGGGGGCAGUCGCCCUCGGUGGGGUCUCGCAAGGCAAAUGACAGGUGGAAAUGACAACUUGGGGACAUUUUUACAUAUCAGAAAAUAUUUGCCCACGGUACCAGCUAUAAUUUAUCCUGUGCCUUACUAACUGUGAUGUGUGUUGGAAAUAUCAGGGCACAGGGGCAGAGUUAAAGGCAGGGCCGUCGACCCUGGGCCUCCCCUGGAUUGUAGAGGACCCUCCAAUACUAAAUACACAUGAAGUCAUACUGACGUAAUUAAUCUCAAGCACUUGACAGCUAAAAUACAUUUCUUACGUUUCAUUUUGACUUGUGAGUUUAUAUGUCUGUCAUUUUUUGUAUACAUUCUUAUUAUGGUGGGUGUAUGGUGUAAUUUUUAAUUUUUAGAAAAAAAACCUGUAAAAUCCCUACAACAAACUUAAAAUAUAAUACAUAGUAAUGUUUUGAAGUCAAACUAAGCUGUUCCUUUUGUAUUUAAUGGUUUUCCGUUUGAGGGUUUUGCAAAAAACUGCAGUGCAUGAUGGGUAGGAUCUAAAGGCUGCCUAACGUUCUCGUCUGUCUGACGACUGUAUAUAUCCUGAUUAUAUGAAGUGGGCUUUUUAUUUGUUUGUUUGCAAUUUUGCCAGGUAGCAGGGCUGUCAACUUUGGUCAGCCGGCUAGCGUGAGAUUUUCGAUUUCAGACAAGUACGGACACGCAUUUACAGUUUUAUUACUACUAUUAUUACUUUGGGGUUUACGGAAGAGGAUUAGGGCCACCAUGAAAACAUUAUUUGAAUUCUGACUUUAAUGUCAGAAUUCUGACUUUUUUUUCUAAACU